AUGAAUUUCCGAAAACCUUUUAGUCCUCAUAGCUCGUACAAACAUAUUAUAAGCAACGGAGAUCAAACAGAGAAGAAGAAGAAGCACAAAAUCCCAUUUCUUGACGAUCACGCUAGCCACCUCACCAAAUCUCAGAGCUCUGGUUCUAGCUUUGACGGCAACAAAUUCUGGCAAGACAUUGAAACCGAUGAUCACGCAAGAAGCCAGAAGAGCGGGAGUUUCGAUUUCCCACAAUGCCGUGAAGAGAUCACACUCGACGUUGAUGAAGAAACAGAGGAAAUCAGCAGCAGCAUCAACAACACACCAGCGUCGGGAUUAGACGGGUCGAAAGAAACGAGAGUCUCUUUCAAGAUAAACAGUUCUUCAGGUACCAACAACGAUCCAACCGGUUCUGUCCGUUCUUGUACGCCUUCCACUUCUUUUUCCUCUGCGACAAUGCGUAUGAAUUUAGACCAGAAAGAUCAGGACGAAGAAGUAGUUAUAAGAUGCUCAUCGCUGAGGAAAACAGAGCUUGUCUCGAGGGCUAAAGCAAGAUCGAGGCUCCUAGAUCCGCCACAAGAAGAGGAACAACAAUACUCGAGCUGGAUGGGGACAUCAGAACAGUUAAGAUCCGGUUUACUUGCGAGACAAUCAAGCAUCGAGGAAGAAGAUGAUUCAUUAGCUGAGGAAGAUGUUCCAGAGGAAUUUAGAAAGUCAAAAAUGAACUUGAUUACUCUGCUUCAGUGGCUUAGCUUGAUCUCAGUCGUAGUUGCGUUAUUGUUGAGUUUAGGGAUUAAAACUUGGAGACACACGACUCUUUGGAAGCUUCAUAUAUGGAAAUGGGAAGUGGUGUUUCUUGUUCUCAUCUGCGGUAGGCUUGUUUCGGGUGUGGGGAUCCGAAUCAUCGUCUUCUUCAUCGAGAGAAACUUCCUCUUGAGAAAGCGUGUUCUUUACUUCGUCUACGGCGUGAAGACGGCUGUUCAGAACUGUCUCUGGCUAGGGUUGGUUCUCAUCGCGUGGCGUUUCUUGUUCGACAAGAAAGUAGAAAGGGAAACACAGAGCAGUCCUCUGCUUUUUGUGACCAAGAUCUUGACGUGUUUCUUGUUGAGCACUAUCUUGUGGUUGAUCAAGACUUUGGUGGUUAAAGUUUUAGCAUCUUCGUUCCACGUUAGUACUUACUUUGAUCGGAUUCAAGAAGCUCUGUUUCAUCAUUACUUGAUCGAGACGUUAUCUGGACCUCCGGUGCUUGAGCUUAGCAGGAUCGAAGAAGAGGAAGAGAGAGCGCAAGAAGAAAUGUUCAAGAUGCAGAAAGCAGGUGCAGAUUUAUCGCCGGACCUGUGCUCUGCUGCGUUUCCGGCGCCGGAAAAGAGUGGGAGUGUAAUAAUGAACAGCGUGAAGAUCUCUCCGAUCAUUCCAAAGACUGGAAAUGAUAAUGGGAUCACAAUGGACGAUUUGCAGAGGAUGAAUCAGAAGAAUGUAUCAGCUUGGAACAUGAAGAGGCUGAUCAAGAUUGUGAAAAACGUUUCGCUGAUGACAUUGGAUGAGCAAGCGCUUCAAAACACAUCUGAAGAUGAAUCAACCAGACAUAUACGAAGCGAGAAAGAAGCCAAAGCAGCUGCAAGAAAGAUUUUCAUGAACGUUGCUCAACCUGGAACAAAGCACAUUUACCUGGAAGAUUUGAUGAGAUUUUUGCGAGUAGACGAAGCAAUUAAGACAAUGAGUCUCUUCGAUGGUGCAAUAGUGACCAAAAAGAUAACAAAAUCAGCCUUGAAGAACUGGCUGGUGAAUGCUUUCAGAGAGAGAAGAGCUCUUGCGCUAACACUCAACGACACGAAAACAGCAGUGAACAAACUCCAUCACAUGAUUAGUUUUCUCACUGCCAUUGUCAUUGUCAUCAUAUGGCUGAUCCUUCUUGAGAUCAUCACUUCCAAGUAUCUUCUCUUCUUAACUUCACAAGUUGUUCUCUUAGCCUUCAUGUUUGGAAACUCACUCAAGAUCGUCUUCGAGUCAAUCAUAUUCCUAUUCAUCAUUCACCCUUAUGAUGUUGGUGAUCGGUUAAUGAUAGACAAUAUAGAGAUGGUGGUGGAGGAAAUGAACAUUCUCACAACAGUGUUCUUGAAGGCUGACAAUCUCAAGAUUGUGUAUCCCAACAUUCUUCUGUGGCAGAAAGCAAUCCACAAUUACAACCGUAGUCCAGACAUGGGAGAUGAAAUCCAGUGCUGUGUCCACAUUACCACUCCUCCUGAAAAGAUUGCUGCAAUCAAACAGAGAAUCUCAAGUUACAUUGAUAGCAAGCCAGAGUAUUGGUACCCGAAAGCAGAUAUCAUUGUAAAGGAUGUGGAAAAUUUGAACAUUGUUAGGUUAGCAAUAUGUCCAUGUCAUAAAAUAAACCAUCAAAACAUGGGAGAGAGAUUCACAAGAAGAGCCUUGUUGGUUGAGGAAGUGAUUAAAAUCCUCUUGGAACUCGACAUUGAGCACCGGUUUCCUCUGCUUAACAUCAAUGUCAAGACCAUGCCCACGGUUGUCUCGAGUAGAGUUCCACCUGGCUGGUCACAAACACAUGAUUCAGGGUAA